AUGGCAGCCAAUCAGCUUCUAACUUCAGCUUUUUCAAUUAAGCUUUGACAAUAAAACCUGGAAGCUGAUUGGUUUCUAUGUAGAGCUGCACCAGAUUUUGCACUCUCCAGUUUUAGUAAAUCUCUCCCAUAGGCUAAUAUAGAGCUCCCUGGAGGUAUUCCUGAGUGUAGCUCGGGGUAAAGUUUCAGUACCACAAAGCGGUAACCCCGAGCUACACUUGGGUUUACCAUGCGGCUCUGCUCCGGGAUCUGUUCUUCUCUUACCUUGUCCUGCGCUCUCCCGCGAUGUCCCCCCUGCAGUGUCCCCUGUAAUGUCCUCCGGCGGAUGCCGGCAUCUGUCAUCUGGGUUCCGUCCCCUGCGAGUGUCGGGACGUACGGGGGACGGAAUGGCGGGAAAUUUGAAAAUUACAAAAAGUGACAUUCAGUAAAUUCACUAA